AUGGCAAAGUUAAUGUUAUUAAAUAUUGCGGCUGUUGUGUUAGCGCAAGUUGCAGGUGUUAAGACAGAGGCUCGACGUCAGCUAAAUGGUACCGCUUCCUGUGACAGAUUCCCUGAUUUUUGUCCUAUCCAGUGCACGGCUAUAGAUGCUAUGGGCUGCCUAGUCUGUAAUUGUAAUGAAGGCAAAAACACGAUCACCGUACAUUUUAUUCCAUAUCCGGUCCUCGGCAAUUUCCGUUCAUUAAGUGUUCAAUUAGGUGCAAAUAACACAGAUUCAUCUUCCGCAACAAGUUCAUCCGCCAACAGCAGCGGAAGUCAAACUUCCUCAAAAGAUGACACAACAGGCAUUGAACAAAAUGGCGGAAGCCAAACUUCCGCUUCAUCUUCAAACAAUAUGGCGGGUUGUCCGAAACUUCCAGACAACUGUAAUUUUGACUGUUUAACAAUUGGGAGCAAUGGGUGUAUAGUGUGCACGUGUACAAAUGGAGGGUCUUCAAUGCCACUGACCGGUGGCGCCACGCUGACGUCAAGCGGGAAAACCAGCCAAUCAGGACAUGGGUCAGAACGGCCAAUCACGACCGCUGCAAAUAACUCCACAUCAAUGACUAAUGUUCAGUCGCCAUUUUCAAUAACAGCAAACGGUGCGGGCACCGGAAGCAGUGGCACGUCUGGAACAAGUGCGCAGGCGUCACAGAAUAAUAAUGGCUGUCCUGUGUUUUCAAACAACUGUGAUGCCUCAUGUGUAUCCCUAGACACUAACGGAUGUCCAGUCUGCGCAUGCGCUUCCGGUGGUACCAGCAGUUCCUCAUCUAUGACGUCAUUGAGUGCUGGUUCGAAUUUAAACGGUUGUCCACCUUUUACCACUGGCUGCACAGCAGACUGUGUAGACCUGGACACGAACGGUUGUCCUGUAUGCAGAUGUCACCAUACGGUGCCCGGUUCACCAAGUGCAUCAAGAAACAAUACAUCUCCUGCAACGUCAGGGAAACAAACUGCUGCGCAUGCAUCAUCCAACAACAAUGGCUGUCCGGCGUUUCCUACCAACUGUAGAACGGACUGUGUAGACCUCACCUCCCUGGGAUGUCCUCUUCCUACACGCAGUAUGUCACUUCCGGAAACUCAGCAACCACCACACAAUCUUCAACAUCCGGAGUUAUUUGUUACAGAAAAUUAUAAGAAACAACAAACCGGAAACAGCUUAGUAACCACCACAGCAAAUAUUCCGGUGACAACGUCAACAUCUUCUUCUAGUGGAUCGGGCGGAAGUGAUAACACGGGAGCAAGCGGAAGUAGUAAUACAAAUGGAACAGGAAGUUCGUCUGGAACAUCAAGCGGAAGCGGAAAUGGCGGCGCAAUCACUUGUCCAGCGUUCGACGGUGCUCAUUGUAAUCCGACAUGUAUUGGUUUGGAUGGAAACGGUUGUCUUUCGUGUGACUGCGGUACUGAGGUAACAACCCCGUCCAGUGUUGGUUCUACAACAAAAUCCUCAGUUAUUCCUGGUGGUGGUGACGGAACCACAUUUGCCCCUGGUAGCGCUACAGGAAGUGGAACAAAGGGAGGACAGACAGGUACCGGAAGUAGUGGUGGAGAAUUUACAACAUUUGCACCAAGUAUUGCGGUUACUGGUACAAGCUCCGGGACACAGGGGCAAACAGGCACCGGAAAUACAAACUUUUGCUCCCCCUAUGACGUAAACUGUCCACCAGGGUGUACCGAAAUAGACGCACAAGGAUCCGCCCAAAACAGUACAAAUGGAAUGACUUCCGGUUCAACCGGAAACGGAAAUAGAUGUCCAUCAUUUGACACAAAAUGCGCUGCUGACUGUACACAUAUCGACGCCAUGGGAUGUUUAACAUGCACAUGUUCAGGGCAAUCAAGUAAUGAUACAACAGGUAGCGGAUCUACAGGCACUUCCGGUAACGGUAAUGGCUGUCCUGCUUAUGACACGACCUGCCCGGCAACCUGUACAUCUCUAGACGUCAGGGGGUGUCCUCAGUGCUCGUGCCCUGGAGCAUCAACUCAAGCCCCGCUUACACAACAUGUAGCUUCAACGGCUGUUCCAUUAGAAACACAGCCUCCAACAACCCAACCAUCUAUUACUUCAGCACCUACGACUCCGCCACCUACGACCCAGGCACCUACGACUCUGCCAUCAACACCUGUUUCAAAGACCAGUCAAGCCUCCAAGCCGACUGGGAAAAGUGGAAGAAAAGCACAGAUAUAUGAUAUGUACAAAUGGAGGAAAAGCAAAAGAUCACAGAGAACCCUGGAUCUCAGUUUGAAUACAAAAUGA